AUGGCCGGUCGCGGAGACCAUUUUGCCGGGGCUGGCAAGAACGACAGAAUUUGGAACUCGUUCAGCAAGCAUGGGCUUGCGCACCCGCGUUCAUUCUUCGAAUACUACUCCAAUCCGUAUCUGGGUCUUAUUGCGUCAUCGUGGCUGGGACCGGGAUACAGAAUCACAGCGCAAGUGAACAAUGUCAAGCCGGGGGCGGCAGCGCAGGUCGCCCACAGGGACUACCACCUGGGCUUCAUGUCUUCAGAGCCGUGUUCCCGGAUCCCGCGCGCCAUGCAGGUUGCCAGUCAGUGUUUAACGCUGCAGGGUGCUGUUGCGCACGUUGACGUCCCCGUCGAAAGCGGACCGACCCGUUUGCUGCCCUUUAGCCAGACAUUUGCAGAGGGAUACAUGGCAUAUCGAUUGCCCGAAUUCAACGACUAUUUCUUGCAGAACCAUGUUGCCCUGCCGUUAGACGAGGGUGAUGGGCUGUUCUUCAAUCCAGCUCUGUUUCAUGCCGCGGGCACGAACCAGUCCCGGGACAUCGAUAGGUUGGCCAAUUUACUGCAGAUUAGCAGUGCGUUUGGAAAGCCAAUGGAGUCAAUUGAUGCGCUACCUCUGAUAGAGGCUGUUUGGGACGAAUUGCUGAAUUUUUUCAAGAGCAAAGGUCCUACACACGCUGUACAAGCCCUUGUUGCAGCGGUUGGGGAAGGGUAUGCAUUUCCCACCAAUCUGGAUCACAACCCGCCACAAAAUGAUAGCAUGGCCCCGAAAUCAGAGCAGGACGUUAUUUGGGAGGCUUUGAAAAAGGGUUGCGACAAGCAAGCAGCCAUGAAUGCACUGCGUGCGUACAGAACUGCCACGAGAGCUUGA